CAUUGGUGACAUAGUUGUUUUCUUUGUAUCUUUUUUUUAAAUAAUAAUAAUAAUAAGGAUCUACCAUAGCAUCACUUUUCAGUUUGACCACCUUGCGAACUAAGCUGCAAUACCCCAUACAUAAUGCCUAUGUGAAAUAUUAACUAACUGUCAUAAAUUUGCAUUCAUAGUUAUGAAAGUCAAGAAAGUGGGGGGGGGGGGGAGAAUUAACAACCAAUUCAGAAUCUUAUCUGAACUUGUUGCCAUUGUCCCUUACAAUGGGGGGAUAGCCCCUUCCCACCCCACCUGCUAACUAAACUUUAUCACCACUAACCAAUGAGAUUGCUUUUUAACUCAUUGCAACAUAUAAGAGUUUCAUAAGGAGUAUAUUCUGAGUGUGCAUCUAUAAUACAGCAUCUCUGUACAUUCAGUCUCGUUCUUAAAAACGUAGUUCUUACUCUUCAGUUUUGGCAGUUUUAGUUUUGUUUUUAAUUAAAUAACCGAGAGUAUUUAAAUGGAAAUGUCUGAUCGGUGGUAUUUUAGUGUAGAUCAGUUAACAUCUACGCCAAGUAGGAAACACGGAGUGUCCAUCGAGAAAGAAAUGAAGUAUCGCCAACAUGCUGCAGCCUUCAUCCAGUCCAUGGGAAAUCGCUUGCUACUAGAUCAAUUGUGCAUUAGUACUGCUAUCGUUUUCAUGCAUAGAUUCUACAUGAUCCAUUCUUUUGUGGAGGUUCCGAUGUUAAGACUGUCCGCGGCUGCCGUAUUUCUAGCAUCUAAAGCAGAAAGUCAGCAAAGGAGACUGGAGCACGUGGUUAAGUUGUCCCAUUGUUUAAUUAAUGGACAUACGGCAACGUUAGAUGUUCGCUCCACAGCUUAUCAGAAAAAGGAGCAUGAAUUAAUUGCACUUGAACAAGCUUUGCUUUUGACUUUAGGAUUUGAUUUGAACGUUGACCAUCUUCAUCCCUAUGUGGAACGGAUUUGCAAAAUGGUUAAUGCCGGAAAAGAUCUUACUCGAGUGUCAAACCUCAUCGCUACAAACAGCUUGCAUCUGACCAAUAUGUGCCUCAAGUACAAGCCUAGAGUAGUUGCUUGCUUUUGUUUUCAUUUGGCCUGCAAGUGGACUAAUUGGGAGAUUGAACCUUGUUCAAAAGGAAAGGACUGGUUUCUUUAUAUUGAUCCGAGUGUGUCUUAUAAAACUUUGGAAGGUCUUAUUCAUGAAUUCCUCGAUGUCGUCGAAAUUAGUCCUCACAAAUUAAAGCAGCGAUUUGUUCAAAAGGUUCACAGAAUGCCUGAAAUAAAAAUUGAGGAAUCUUCCAAAAUCAAAGUAGAACCUGAUGUUUCGAUUAAGACUGAAUGUAAACAGAAUGGUGCCUCAUUAUUCGGAAAGGUGAAAGCUGAAACGGCAUUGGAAACAAAAUCCAUUUCAACUGUCCAAUCGGAAACAAGUCCUCUCAAAUUAAACCAGCAUUUCAUUCAAAAGGUUAACCAAAUGCCUGAAAUUAAAAUUGAGGAACCUCCCAAAAUCAAAGUAGAACCUGGUGUUUCGAUUAAGACUGAAUUCGAAGAGAAUGGUGCCUCAUUAUUAGGAGAGAUGAAAUCUGAAAUGCCAUCACCAACAGAAUCCAUUUCGACAGAUUCUAAAAUAUCGGUGAAGAUCGAAACUAAGCAUUCUAUAUCUUUGAAAACAUACAUCGAAAGAAGAAAGAAAGAAAAUGAGCUGAACAAAGUGCCUUUUUCACCAUAUGUUCGUAAUGGCACUGUGAUCAAGUCAGAAAAUCUAAAAGAUCGUCCUAUGGAACUGCCGUUACCCCCAUGGCAUAGAAAUUUAAAAAAACACAUUGCUGUGAAUAGUCUAAAAGUACCAAAGAAAGAAGUUACAAAGGAUAUUUUCCACUCUAAAGUCACCACCAUAGCUGUUAAAAGGUUAAGUUCUGAUGACAGUGAGAAGCCUUUCACGAAACUCCCAAAACUAGAUCACUCAGCGAUCGUUUAAUAGCUAUUAUAUGAGUCUUGUCAAAGUGCCUUCUAUCCAGGAUUCAAAACAGUAUCUGUCAUUGUACUCAAACGUAAAAAAAAUUUAAAUCUGUUUAUUGGCCUAUAGGGAUAUUCCCUUAUUAUGAUUUUCUAGUCGAUAUGAAUGUGAUAUUUUACUAUAGAAUAUUUUAUUUUUUAUUACUUUACAUGUGUUUUUUGUUGUAUAUUCUAUGUUUUGUAUGAGUAAUGUGCAUGUAUCAUUUUUGUGAUUGAUAUUAAAUUUUUAUAAAAAUUUUUAGAUUUUAAUGAAUUCUCUAGUAAAAUUUUAUGAUUUAGUACCUUAGAAAAAAAGUAAAAAUUAUACAUCGAUUUUUUUUUUAAUAAAGCUGAAUGUAAAAAAUAUAUAUAUUUAUAUCUGUUGACCUAUAGGGAUAUUCCCUUAGUAUGAUUGUCUAGUCAAUAUGAAUGUAAUAUUUAUCGUCUAAAAGCUUUUCUAAGUGCUUUUGUAAUAGUUAGUGAUAAUUUUAAUUCUUAAAUCUAGUCAAAGUGCCUUCUACACAGAAUUCAACAACAUCUGUUCAUUGGUAUUUAAAACAGAAUCUAUCAUUGUACGUAAAUGUAAAAACAUUUUAAAUGUUUCUAUUGACCUAUAGGGAUAUUCCCUUGGUUUGAUUGUCUAGUCGAUGAAUUUGAUAUUUUAUUUUUCAUUACUUUAUAUAGGUUUUUUUUUUGUACACGUUUUGUAUGAGAUAUGUGCAUGCGCUAAUUUUGUGAUUGGUAUUAAAUUUUCAUUAUUGUUUUAGAUUUUAAUGAAUCCUCUAGUAGAAUUGUAUGAUUUACUACAACAGAAAAAAAGUAAUAAAUCGAUUUUUUUUAAUAAAACUGAAUGUAAAAAAAUAUUUUUUUCUUUUUAAAUCAGUUAGGUUUUUCCAACGUACCUUGGGACUUAUUACUAAGUCUUUAUAAAACUAAAAGAUGGUAAAAAUUUCAAUUUAAACACCUUAACACUUUUCUAAAACCAGCUUUCAAAUCAAUACAAGAUUAAAUUAAAAUUGUUGAAAAAAGCAAUCUGCAAUAUUUUUCUGGUGGAAACUAAUUUAUGGUGUCUAUACUGGUGAAUCAAUUUGUAUCACUCAUUUUUAUCAAUAAUUUUAAUUACAAUUUGGAAACACUUGUUUCAGUUGAUGAAAGGAGUGUGCCUUUGUAUGAUUUUCUAGAUGAAGUGAAUUCUGUAUUAAAAUAUUUUUUUAUAGUGCACAUUAUCAUUCCUUAUCAUGCAUUAUCAAUACUAUCCAAUUAUUGUACUUAUAGCCAUUCCACUAGUAUUGAUUAUUAUUCCUUAAUUUUGAAAAGAAUAAUGAAUAUAAAAAUCAAAAAUUGUAUUUCAACUGAUGGAAUGCGAUUUCCUAAGGGAAAUUAAUUCUUUGCACAAAAGCAUCCCAGUUUAUAGAAAUGAUUUAAAAUACCUAACAUUGAACAAUAGAAUGAGUGUUAUUGACGAAUGAUUUAUCUUAAUCUUAUUAAACUCUAUAAAUAAGUAUAAUGUUGUUAUCUAUUGUUUAUCUUAUAAAAACUGUUCAUAUUUUUAAUAAAUUGUUUCAUUUAAUUUUUA